AUGAUUGUCAGAAAAGCGUUCCCAGGAUCUCUGCUAUCCUCCGAAUCCACUUUAACUGCUCGCUUCUUGUCUCGUCUUUCUGCUUACAAUAAUCUGAAAUCUUGUUCUCAGUGUUUUGUUCCUAGCAUUUAUGCCCAACAUGGCACAUUUCUCCGACAUAACUCUACUAAACUCGGUCGUCCCGAGGGUCUCCCACUUCGUGAUUAUCAACAAGAAUGUAUUGAAGAAUGUUUGAUUACUAUCAAAAAAGGCUAUCGUCGUUUUGCUGUUAGUAUGCCUACUGGUAGUGGUAAAACAAGGACCUUUUAUGGUCUUCUGGAAGCAAUUUCCAGAGGUGGAGCCCAUUCUGGACAUGGUAAGAAGUGGUUGAUCUUGGCUCAUCGUGAAGAGCUUAUCACCCAGGCUUAUGAUCAUGCAAAGAGGCUGUUUCCCGAUUUAAAGACUUCAAUGGAAAUGGGUAAACAUACAGCAGAUCCUGAUGCUGAUAUUAUUGUUGCUAGUGUCCAGUCCAUUUCCCGUGAAAAGCGCCUUGAGAGGUUCGACGGAUCUGAUUUCAGUGCUAUUGUUAUUGAUGAGGCUCAUCACGCUCCUGCUGCUAGUUAUGCCAAAGUUCUCAAUCAUCUUGGUGCGAAUAAUCCUGAUUCUGAGAUUGUUGUAGCUGGAUUUUCUGCGACCCUCUCACGCAUGGAUGGGUUAGCUUUAGGCUCCACUUUUGAUUACAUUGCUUAUCACAAAGAUCUCAGUGAGAUGAUUAAAAAUGGAUACCUGACCGAUAUCAAAUUUACAACCAUUGCUACUGAUGUAGAUCUUACUGGUGUUAAAAAGGCCAGAGGUGAUUUCGCUACUGGAAGUCUUUCAAAAGCAGUCGAUACUCCUGCUUUGAAUGAGCUGGUUUAUAAAGCAUGGAAACGUCAAUCUGGGAAACAUUCGUUAAUAUUCGGUGUUAAUAUCGAACAUGUUAGUAACUUGGCUCUGACUUUCCGGGAAAAUGGUAUUGAUGCCCAUGUCGUCACUUCCGAUACCCCAAGAGAUUUACGACGCGGACUGGUUGAAGAUUUUCGAAAUGGCCACCUGCCGGUUCUUAUUAACUGUGGUAUCUUUACCGAGGGCACUGAUAUUCCCAAUAUCGAUACAGUCAUUCUUGUGCGACCCACCAGAUCGGCUGGGCUGUUGAUGCAAAUGAUUGGUAGAGGUUUAAGACUCCACCCUGGGAAGGAAGUUUGUCAUAUUAUCGAUAUGUUUGGUUCUUCGUCCAAUGCCAAUGCAUUGGCUACUGUUCCUACCCUUGCUGGGCUUGAUCCAUCUCAGGUAAGAGUUAUUGAUAAGGCUGAGAUUGCUAAUGGUGUUAGCCGGCCUCGAGUUGUUGCCUCUUCCAAGGAUCCUGAUAGUGUCUAUGUCGAGGACUUUGACAAUCUUGAUGAUUUUCUUAACCGAAAUGGUGGAAAGCUUAAUACGUCAGCCAUUAGUCGUAGUCGACUAAAUUGGAUCCCAUCUGGUCAAAAUAACUUUCUCCUGUUCGGCAAAGAAGGUUAUCUCCGCCUUUGUCCCGAUGCCAAUCCGUCUAAAUUAGCUCCGAAGUAUUCACUUAUCCAGUACUUUGAGAACCCUUUUAGAGAAGAUAACCGUGGAGCGAAAUACCUCCGAAAGUAUAUCUUCGAAAGCAUGCCCGAUUUCAAUGCUGCUGUUAAUGCCGCUGAGUUAUUUGCUAGACAAAAUUGUCCAUACCAUCUGGUUGCCAAGAACGUUCCUUGGCGGAGUCAACCCUGUACGAUCAAUCAAGAAAAGGCCGUUAUGAAGCUGUUUACCAAAGUUGUUGUUGAUGGCGAUGAAGAGGGCAUGAAACGUGCGAAAACAAUUUGCAAAGAUCUCACCAAAGGUCAAAGUGCAAAUAUCAUAAACCUUGCAUCCAUUGGCAACAAAUCUAUUUUAAAGGAUAUGCUAUAUCCCAAAAAAGAGAAGAAAAGCAAAGCUGAUUUGUUUGAAUUUCUCCAGGCCGGUCCUGUCAACAAAUUGGAGAUUAAGCUUUCGCAAAAUUAG